GGGGGGUUUAAUCCAAAUGGAGGACAGAAGCUGCACCGUCGCCAAUCGCGCCGACCUUUUGCCGUUUCGAGAAUUUCGCUGCCAGUGGUGCUUCGGGAAGGUCUAUAAGAAUCGCUCCCGCUAUCAAGCCCAUCUGAAGAGUGUCCACCAUAUUACCAGUGAACCGGACAAAAGCUCGUUCAACUGUUACCACUGCCCAUGCAGCGAUUGCCGGUACCACCAGCAUACCCCGGGAGCCAUAGCUUUCCGCGAGCUCGCCCAGCUUCGCAGUCAUUACCAGCGAAGUCACUUGUCCAAAAACUUCAUUUGUACAGUCUGUCAGCGGAAGUUCGGGCUGGAGCGCGAGCUUUUCCUUCAUAUAUGCCGUCGGCCCAAUACAGUCACUGCUAAGCAACGUGCGAUCCCUGAACACGUUCCACACCAAGAAGUCCCCAAGCGCCAUGAUGGAAAAGAAUACAGCUCACCAAGUGCUUUGCGAUUGUAUCGAAAUAUCACCAAGGCUGUGGACCAAGAACAUGCUAACCAGGAGGAUGCUAAGGAGAAUAAACCAAGUCCCAAUGGAAGACAAAUGCAGAAGUGCACCCAGUGCAAGAGGAAGUAUAUUGUCCGCCACCGAUGCAGUGAGCACCCAUGCCCAAAGUGUGGGCGCGUCUUUUACUGCAAAUCGGCCUUGGAGCUUCACAUAAAAAGAUCAACGCACAGCUUACGGGUGGAGGACAAGAUCUUUGUGGAUGAGGUGCUUCAGUUGCUGAGCAGCAUAGAAGACGGAACUAUUUGUGACCCACCAUUGCUCAAGGAACUUGCAGAAAUGCUUCCGGUUCUCAAAGAGAUCCAGGAGUCUUGA